UUAUUGUAUGUUCCAAGAAAAAAAGCCAAAUCGGCACCUUGCCACCUUAUUUUAAAAAAAAUUAGCAAAAAGAAAAGAAAACGUAAUAUCUGAACAUUUGGUGAACAAAGUCCGUGGUGUUGACAACACAUGAAUAAAAUCGAUAAUUUAAAUUUUUUUUAACUCGCGAACGAUAAACGCGGUGUUGAUUCGAAUAUUAAUUAAAUUAAAAUAAGUGUUAAUUCAUUAUCGUGCUCGAAUAAAUUUUUUCAUCCAUUUCUUCUGACUUUUAUUUCGUUCUUGUGCUCUGGCAGAUUUACUGACGGUUUUGAUCAAAUUAUUAUUCAGUAGAAUCUCAAUCGUUGAAAAGCGCGAAGCACUUGAAAAAAAAAAUAAUUAAUUGUGCUUUUCAUAUAGUCAUGAGCUGUAUAGCAGUGCCGUGAAGAAAUUUCUACUCAAGAUAAAAAAUUAAACUCACAUAAAAUUAUUUCUACAUAAGAAAUUCUUCUUCUAAACUCAAUUAAAUCUUACUCAGUGCGGUGGAUUUAUUAUUAUUAUUUCAACCUCAUCGAGAAGACAAAAAAAGGAAGAAAAAAAAACUUCAAGCGAGCAAAAAAAAGCGGAAGAAUUCCGGCGAGAAAGUUUAUUAAGAAUUUCUUUUUUUUCCCCUCUCAUCUCACGGAACUUCAUUUUGUGUGCAUUUAACUUGAAGCACAACAAAAAAAAAGUUUUUCUUCCUUCAUAUUGUUAAAGCAGAAAGAUGAACAAAGCAGUACAACAACUUUUUAUAGUUUUAGUAGUCAUAUCCGGAACAGCAAUCCUCGCAUUCGAAUCAAAAAACACUUCCGAAGAUGACAAUAAUAUAGAUAUAGAAUAUGAUUAUCAUCGAAACUUGGCAGAAUUUCAAAAUCCGGAUAAGUUGAGUGCUGGAGAGCGGCAGCUGUGUACGGAGACAAAAACAGAGGCAUUCUCGCCGUAUGAUUAUGCAGUUGUUAUUGCCAUGCUUGCUGUAUCAUUGAAAAUUGGACUUUUUUAUGGCUUUUGUCAUAAAGGCUCGUUAGAGUCGUCAUCAUCUGAUUUCAUGCUGGGCUCUCAAAUGAGCUUAUUUCCAGUGACGUUAAGUCUAACAACAAGUUUCGUUACUGCCAUUGAACUUUUAGGAAAUCCGGCUGAAAUGUUCUUUUAUGGUUCACAGUUUGCUCUCAUUGUCAUCUCAAUGAUUUUAGUCAUUCCGGUUGCACUUAAAGUUUUCUACCCAAUUUACCACGAAAUGCAAUUGACCUCAUGCUAUGAAUAUUUGGGUGUACGAUUUGGACGGAAAAUGAGAUUGAUGGGUGGAAUUCUUUACAUUCUUCAAAUGUGCUUCUACACGUCCGUCUCCGUGUUGGCACCUGCAAUUGCAUUGUCAAAGGCCACUGGCCUCAAUACACGACUUGCAAUCAUUCUGAUUUAUUUGGUCUGCGUUUUUUACUCAAGUCAAGGAGGAUUGAAAGCUGUUGUCAUUGCUGAUACAUUUCAAGCUGGAGUUUUAUUCAUUUCGAUGGCACUGAUUGUGAUUGUUGGAACUUCUUAUCAAGAAGGUGGUGUUGAAGAGAUUUUCAAAAUUGCUAACGAUAAUGACCGAUUGGAUAUGCUCAACUUUAAUCCACAUCCACAUGAGCGGCAUUCUGUAUUUUCUGUAAUAAUUGGAGGAUUUUUCUAUUGGACAUCACUGCUGUGUGUUAAUCAAUCGACAGUUCAGAAGGCAGUGUCAUUAAAGAAUUUAACGAAAGCCAAAAUUGCUCUAACAUUGUCCGUAUUUGGGUUGGUCUCGGUCUUUUUGGUUAACUUUUAUACUGGCAUCAUGGCAUUUGCUCAUUAUGAAAAUUGCGAUCCCAUGAAAUCUGGUCAAAUUGAUGCUAUUGACCAGCUGAUGCCUUUUUAUGUUAUGGACAUGUUUGGACAUAUUCGAUUUUUCGUUGGCAUUUUUGUGGCUGGGAUUUUUGCAGCAAGUUUAGGCACAGUUGCAGCAUGUUUAAGUUCAUUGUCAGCGGUUACAAUGGAAGAUAUUCUGAUAGCUGGAUUUAAUGUGAAAAUUUCACCGCAAAAAGGAUCUUUGUAUGCAAAAUGGAUGUCAGUUGGUUAUGGAAUUUUUUCAUUCGGAUUAAUUUUUUUGGUCGAAGGACGAGGCGUUUUGCAAGCAACUUUAACAUUAAAUGGUCUUGUGGGUGGAAUUUUAUUAGGAUUAUUCUCACUCGGAAUAUUUUUUAAAUCAGCAAAUGUGAAGGGAGCAUUUUACGGAGGACUUUUAGCAAUAUGCUGCGUUACAGUUCUCGGAACAAUGGCACAAAUAAGAAAUACCACAGAGCAGCCAUUUCUACAUACAUCGGUGAGUGAAUGCGAUUGCAUUGUGAAUACGACAUCAACAUCAAUAAGAGCAUCAAUAGACGAAGAAUUAUCAACAUCAUCAAUGAGUAAUGAUGAUGGAUUUUUUGCAAUCUUUUAUCGAGUCAGCUACAUCUACUAUUCAAUGAUUGGCACAAUAUUGACCAUAGUUUUUGGUUUAAUCAUAUCAUUCUUCACCGGACCAAACGAUGAAGAUAAACUAAGCAAACCAAUGCCAAAGAUUGUAGCAGAUGACAUACAUGAAGGUGGAUUCCGUACACCUGGACAUUUCUCGGUCGGUUCUUUCCUAUCGAUUGCAACACACCGACGAUUAUCCUCAUUCAUGCAAAAUGUAUCACAAUCGACAUUGAAAGUCGAACAUAAAAUAAAGGAAGUCAUAUCACAUAGCAAUUUGCAUCAUUUGCAUCACUUGCAUGUGCCAAGCGACGAUGAAGAAAGAAUUAGCAUUUUAAAUGAAGAGGAUGAUCAAUUGGAGAGUGAAAUAUCCACAAAAAGUAGUCACAUGAAUACAGCAAAAAGAAGAAUGUUCUUUAUCGGACAUCAGGAUGACAGAGUACACGAUGAAUAGCUAAAUUCCGUUUUUCUUUUCAUUCCAAUACCCGAAUCUCACAAAGUCAUGUAUAAUGUGAACAUUGUGAAUAAACUUAUUUGUAUUCCAUUCUCACCCAUCCACCGGACAUUCUUUUUUUUUAUCCUCUCUUUUAAGGACAUUGUUGUACAUUUUUUGACACAUUUUUUAAGUCUAGCUACUUUCGUAUGCUUUUCAUUUUCAACCCCCAUUCAUGGUCAAAGAAGGAGAAAAAUUCUUGUCUAUCCCUUUUUUUUUUGUGUGUAUCCAGAAGUACAAGCAUGAAAUAAAAAAUGAAAAAAAGAUUUUCUUUUUUUUUUGAGUGAGCUG